AUGAGCAGGCUGGCAGGUGUGUUCCGAAGGGCCUUUGGAGUGGUACGAGAACACGUGGGCACUGAUCAUUUAGGGAAUAAAUACUACAUCAUCCCGGAGCAGAAGACAUGGACAGGUCGUGUGGUCCGCUCCCGCAGACUGGUGGAGGCAGUGAAUCCGUCUGAGUUUGAGUAUCUGGAGGGAAGUGUUCCUGUGGAGUGGGACGCCUGGAUCAGAGGGAGACGGAAGGAGCCCCCCACCAACGAGGAGGUCCUGCACAACCUGUUGUACCAGCAGCAGAUAAAGCUGAAGGCCCUGGAGGUGGACCAGAAGGAGCAGAAGGACCAGGAGGAGCAGGAGGGUCUGGGUUCUCGGACUGUGGCCCUGGGACACGGCUCUGCUUCACACUUCGGCCCCGAGACCCAGAGCGAGGAGCCCACCAGCACCAGCAACAGCUUCAAGCCCGGAUCCUGGACUCCUACCAGCAAGACGUGA